AUGGCGCUGUGGAUCGACAAAUAUCGCCCACAAUCGCUGGACGAGCUGUCGUAUCACGAUGAAUUGACGCAGCGGUUGAGGGAAAUCGUCUCCAGCAAUGAUUUCCCGCAUCUACUCCUCUAUGGGCCGAGUGGAGCCGGCAAAGCCACCAGGGUUCGAUGCAUUUUGAAAGCUCUCUACGGUGCCGGAGCGACGAAACUUCGCCUGGAAACGCGUGGCUUCACGACACCCGGCGGGAAAAAGCUCGAAAUCCAGACGGUCAGCAGCAAUUAUCACAUCGAAUUGACACCGAGCGAUGUCGGCAUCCACGAUCGAAUCGUCGUCCAGGAGGUGAUCAAGCAAAUGGCCCAGACACAACAAUUGAAUGAGAAGGCGCAGAAGGAGUUCAAAGUGGUUGUGCUGCGUGAAGUGGAUGGGUUGUCAACGGAUGCGCAGCACGCUCUUCGUCGUACAAUGGAGGCGUAUUCUGGCAAUUGCCGUCUAAUCCUGGUGUGCGAAUCAUUGUCGCGUGUCAUCGAUCCGUUGCGUUCUCGUUGUAUGAUGUUGAGGGUACCGGCCCCUUCUGAAACCGAUAUCGCCUCGGUGAUUGCAAAUGUGGCGAAUGCGGAGAAUGUGUUGCCGUUGCCGCAAACUGUCAUGAGAAACAUCAUCGCACAAGGCCGUGGCAAUCUUCGUCGUUCUCUGCUGCUGCUGGAGAGUGGAAGGGCACAGCAAUUCCCAUUUCAGGAGAAUCAGCGGCUGCCCGAGCCGGAAUGGGAGAUCUAUCUGCGCGAGACGGCCCAAAUGAUCAUCCGAAAACAGAGCGCUGAGGUCAUCAUUCAGGUUCGUGAGCGGCUGUACGAGAUCAUCAGCCGCUGCAUCCCGCCGCCAAUCAUCUUUCGGGAACUUCUGCGCUAUCUGCUCGAGGCGACUCCCCCGCAUGCAAAGGCUGAAGUGGCGGCCAUUGCUGCCGAGAAGGAAUACGGACUCACCAAGGGCAAUAAGGCGAUCUUCCACCUGGAGGCGUUCGUGGCGGCCUUCAUGGACAUCUACAUGCGAGCCCGCGAGGGUCAU